AUGCGCUUGGAGGUUCCGGAAGCCCCACUGUUGCCGGUGGAGGAAGUCAGUGAGGAGGCCCCUGAGGACAGCGGCAACGCAGCCGCCACCGAUCUAGCGCAGCCUGCGGAGCCUGAGCCUGCGGAGCCGGAGCAGCAAGGGGAGUCCGAACCAGUGCGUCCAUCAGGAGUGACGGUGGUGCCCAAGUCGGGGGAGCUCUUCUCGGCAGAUGACAUUGAGCACAUCAUGAGCAGCAUCACUGGUGACGAGGCGACAUGCCCAUCCAGCGGUGUCGCUCCUCCGGAGAUGGCCAGCCGGAGAACUGACAGCCUUCGAGCGAGGAGAAGAGCCGAGCCAGCCGAGGACUUUAGCCUUCCUGACCGUUCAAAGCUUCGUGAACAGAUCCGGGCCAUCGAUUCGUGGCUAGAAGAUGAUGUGAUGCACGAACAGGUGAACGAAGGUCAUCGACUGAGGAAGGACGAAUCUUCUUUGCAAGAGGUGCUGGCGAAGAGUGCCAAGGUCUCCAAACAGGCCUCUGACGUCACCUCUGAGGCCGAGGUGUUUGGCAAGUUGGAAUCGGCCAGAAGCCGCCACAAAGCAGGGGAGAAGCUGCCGCAGAAUGAGUUGAAGGAGCUCUCGCAGCGAGUGAAGCCUUUGUUGCCCACGAUGAACUUGGAGCAACUGGUGCGUGCACUGAAGCUCUUCUCGGCCACGGGCUAUCAGGACCAUGCGCUGUACCUUUCCAUCUUGGGUGAAAUUCCCGUCCAAGUCAGGGGCAUUUCCGCGGAGAUGCUGACGAAGUGCCUGCGUCUCCUAUGGAAGCUACGUCUUAAUGAGGAGACGUACUUGGAGCUUUUCUCCAUGGAGGCGAUGAACAUGAUCCGUGCCCAGCGGACGAACCGCUGCAAAGUCCGGCGACAUCCGAAGGAACAGUUGGAAGUGAAGGCUGCGCCGAAGCCGGCCCUGGCGCCGUUCAGUGCCCGAAUGUUGGUGCAGAUAGGGAACUCUUUGGCGCAGCUUGGGGCGAAACACCCCAGUCGGUUCAUGGACGUCUACCAGGAGCAGAUCGCCAUUGCCAUCCCCAACUUCACCCAGGAGGAAUGCGAGUUGGUGACACCUUGCUUAGCGGCCUCUCCGCUCCUGCCCGAUGCGCUCCGCCGGGCCUUUCUGGAGCGCUGCGCCGAGGUCGAUGCUGGUGCCCCCCUGAUGGCACCAGAGGCUACAGCGGCUCCGGACAUUGCACAGUACCAACAAGACACAGAGGUCUACAGGCGCCGCGCGAAGUCCUUUAAAAACAUCUUCGUCAUCGAGGCCUCGGUGCGGAAGGAGACCUGGGCCUUCUUCUCCUCGCUCCCCACGGAGGUGCGAAGCUACUUGGAUCGCCUGCACGAGCGCGGCGCCGCGAUGACGCACGCGGCACCCGUGGGCUUUGCUGCGGAGGUGGCACAGGUCUUAGAUCAGCUGGGCGUCAAUACCUGGACCGCCAUGGCAGGGCCUUUAGAACUUCACCUCCUUCAGGCCGCAUGA